UUCCGAAGGCAGCCGUUUCUGUGCAUCCCUUUGCGAGUAAGGCGCUCUCGGGACCCUCCUCUGCUUUCCCCUUUUGGAGCCAGGUCAUGGCAGAGCCCGGAGUAGGGUGGGAAACAGCUUACUUAACCCUUCCGGGGAGGCAAAGACCCCCAUCUCCCCAAAGGCAUGAUCCAGAAAACUCAUCUUGCCACUGAAAGGAAUCGCGGAUCCCAUACCUGAACCAGUGAAAAAUCACCCCUUGAACAAUGGGUGAGAUGUUUUCACAGCUCGGCUGUCAGAAAGAUGAAAUCAAAUCAAUCCUGCCCCCCAAUUCAGCCAUUGGUGGCAAGGCUGCCAGCUACUCCAGCAUUGGUAGCAGCAAGUCUUUUUGUUCCUGUGUGCCUUGUAAAGGGGCUGCUGGUGCCAACUUUGUGACCUGCCCUACCUGCCAAGGCAGUGGGGAAAUCCCCCGAGAGCUGGAGAAGCAGCUGGUGGCCCUCAUCCCCUAUGGGGACCAGAGGCUGAAGCCCAGACACACGAAGCUCUCUGUGUUCCUGGCAGUGUUCAUCUGCCUGGUGACUUCCUCCUCUAUCAUCUUUUUCCUGUUUCCCCGGUCCAUCGCCGUGCAGCCGGCAGGCCUCAACUCCUCCACCGUGGCCUUUGAUGAGACUGAUAUUCACCUGAACAUGACGAGCAUCUUGAAUAUCUCCAAUACCAACUACUACCCCAUCACUGUGACCAAGCUGACCAUCGAGGUUCUGCACCUGUCCCUUGUGGUAGGACAGGUUUCCAACAGCCUCCUCCUACACAUUGGCCCUUUGGCCAGUGAACAGGUGUUUUAUGCAGUAGCCAGCAGGAUAUGGGAUGAAAACACAUACAAAAUCUGUACCUGGCUGAAAAUCAAAGUCCACCAUGUACUUUUGCACAUCCAGGGCACCCUGACCUGGUCCCACCUGAGCCAUUCAGAGCAGCUGGUCUUUGAGAGCUAUGAAUAUGUGGACUGCCGGGGAAACAUGUCAGUGCCACACCUGCUGAUCCCUCACCCACCCUGACCUGCCUGUUGUCCCUGAACUCCAGGCACCUGCAAGCUGGGCCACAACUCCAUGGUGCCCCAAGAAGGACUGCAGUGACUUCCAAAGGAAGAGUCCGCUUUUCAUCCUUUCCCUGCUCCUUCAGCACAGGGAGCUUUCUGUAAUGUUAAUUUCAUACACACAUCCCCCUCUGAUUGCUAAGGUUCUUUCAGGGACUAGCUCAGCUCCUGCCCUUGGGGGAGUCUGACUUCUCUGGGGAAUUCCUUGGAGUCCACCGACUGGCACCUGCCCUUUCUGUGCUGAGCAUCUUGGUUGCGCAGCUCCACUGGGACUUCUCCCCGUCUGAAUGUGGGAGAAGCUAUAGUUUUAUCUGGCUUUUAAAACAUUGACCCUUUUUAGGUUCUUCACCCAGUGAUAAGAAAGUGACUUGGGGACAUCCAAUACUAUCUACAAGGCCUUUAGAUGUUCCCCUGUGCCUCUCUGCUUUAGUCAUGUGACAAAGUGAUGGCGAUGGCCUCUUCUCUCUGGUAACUUGUCCCCUGCCCAUCUAACAGUAAGAUUAGCCAGGGACCUUUGACCCUCUCUGUCCUUCCUGAUUAGUGAACUUGUCCCUAGUUCCUAGGAAGAAAAAGCUGUUCUGCAUCUAAAGCUUUUCCUGUAAAUAAAACAGUUUUAUUUCAUGACAGAAGCUAAAGUAAUAGGGGAGGGGAGGGAGGCACCUGGCAACCCCUGAGUCUACACAAGAUAGUUAAAGCCAGAAUCAUUUCUAAAGGUGUUUAUUAAGGAGGUUUUCUAAGCCCACAAGCCUGAGUCUAUGUGAGUGGACACAGGCGGUUCAAACUGGGCCCAGCUUCUGUCUUGUGAAAGACUGCAGGAGGUGACAAUGUCAGUGUCCAAAGCUCCUGGGCUCUGUUCCACUCCCUCUCUGCCCCAGACAGCCUCUGCUCUCUAGGCUUUGACACAAGGCCCCUUCUACUGGGACCAGCUAGACCCUCCCUUUCCUGUCGCUCAGCUGGAGCCAAGCCCCAGGUAAUUCCCAGGUUCCCAUAGGGCUUCAUUCAGGUAGAGGUGACUUUUGUAGUUGAGCAAAGCAGGAAAGUAUUCUUUAUGGCUAGGCCUUUCAGGUGGAGUGACAAACCUAGGCAGUGGAGAAAGCUGAAUUUGAAGGUAGGUGGAUGGAGGGGGGACUGUGGUAACAGAACUAGCAAACUAGCUGGGGCUGUGAGGGGAGGAAGGACUCUCCUGACUCUAAGCUCACACCUGGGGACCUGGGGUCAAGCUUGUGCCAACAAGAGCACAGAAGUCCAGGAGGCCAGCCUGAAGCUGCUAUGUGUAGGUCGUCAAAUGUAAAAGAUUUAUAUUGUAUUCAAUAAAUUAUAUUCAACUGUGUA